AUGAGCGAAUACUUCGAGAGCGACUACCUCUUCUCCGGGGAGCGGGGCCCGGAGGAGACGAAACUGCACUCUAUCAUGAAACUAGCCGCCCAAUUCCAACAGUCGCUCAACGACAUCAGAGACAACACCAAGCAGCUCUUCUGGUGGUCGUCCAUGCUCGUCUUCAUCUCGCUCGGCCUCUUCCUCCUCGCGCAGCUCGUCCGCCUGCGCCGCGAGCUCAACACCUUGGUCCAGUACCAGGCGCUGUUCCGCGCGAUGUGGGAGCAGGACAAGCGCGACGCGCGCAUCCGGAUCAUGCAUAAGCGCCGCGAGAGGGCGGAGGAGCAGAGGAUACUGAGGGCACGGGCGGCAGGUGCGGUGGGAGCUAGAGGGUUGGGGGGAUCAGGGGGGUUGGGGGGGUUAGCGGCACGUGCGAGUAGAGCGGCUGAGCCGAAGGCGUCGACGUCCACGGAGGGGAGCAGAAGGGGGAGGGAAAGAUCGCCGUUCGGGGCGGGAGUCGACGCGGCGCUUGAUGCGGCGCCGCCGCCGGGACCGGAUCGCGAUGCGUGGGUGAGGACGCUGGCGAGUAUGACGCAGGGGAUUCGACGGGUGAGGCAGGAGGAGCAGCAGAGGAGGGGGGGAGAGGGGGCGGUAGUAGAAGAGGGGUCAGAGGAAGAAGGGGAGGUAGAGGGAAAUUAA